AUGAAGUGGAGCUCUGUGGUCCAGGAAGGCCUUGAGAUCAACAAGAAGCCCAAUGGGGCGGUGCCGGCGUCGAUCGCCGCUGAUGCCACCCUGAAACCGCUGGGCGUCGUUCUUCUAAGGCUCAUGUACGAUACGCAACACCUCCCACAGUACGCCGGCCUGGCGCCGCACGGCCUGGUCAACAACGGCAACAUCUGCUACAUGAACGCAAUUUUGCAGGCGCUGUUUGCGUGCAGGCCGUUCAGCCAGAUGCUGUUUGCUGUCCGGCACCUGAGUCUAGGCCGGCUCGAGUCGCACACGCCUAUCAUGGACGCCCUGGUGGCCCUGCACGACGCCUUCAACAAGUCCUCGCCAGAGGUUCUCACGCCUACGGGAUUCUAUGGCAGCAUCGCCAGACUGCCCCGGUUCAGCCAUCUCAAAUGGGGCAGACAGGAGGACGCAGAGGAGUUUCUGGGAUAUCUCCUGGACGGGUUGCACGAGGAGUUUGUGGACAGCAUCAAACGCUUGGCUGAGAGCGACAUCGCCGAUCUUAGGGCCUCCAUCAAGGACCCGCAGACACUCAAGACUCUCAAUUCUGCGCUCGAAAUGAUCAAGACGGGCCAAAUCAACGGAUCGACAGAGAAAGAGGACAACGGGUGGAUGGAGGUCGGCGCGAACCAGAAGAUGGCAGUGAAAAGACAGGUCGAUGUCAAGCCCUCGCCCGUUGUGCAGAUGUUUGGCGGCCAUUUCCGCUCCGUUCUGCAAGUGCCAAACAACAAAAAAUCGUCCAUCACAUUGGACCCGUUCAUGCACGUGCAGCUCGAAAUCAGCGACAAGGACAUCAACAACCUGUACACUGCGUUUGAGAAGUUUGCCACGGUGGAAGAGAUCUCGUACGGAGACCAGACCGCCAAGAAACAAAACCUCAUCGACAAGCUCCCAACCGUUCUCAUCAUCCACCUCAAGCGGUUUUCGUUUGUGGCCAACGACGACAGCAACGAGAACUUCAACGACUACGAGAUCGUCUCUUCGAAACAGCGCAGGAACAAAACCUCUGCAUCGCAAACUUUACCGCCUGUCCCUACACAUACAAAGACCCCUGAAACAGGCGGCCGCAUUGAAAAACUGCACAAAAAAAUUGAAUACCCGCACAGGCUCACGUUGCCUGCCUCCUGUAUAUCCCCAAACGUCAUGGAGGAGCCUACAUACCGGCUCACGGCCGUGGUUUACCACCAUGGUCGUUCCACAGAAGAGGGCCAUUACACUGCGGAUGUUCUGGGAGCAGACGACAGCUGGACUCGUGUGGACGACACCCUUGUAACACGGAUCAGCGCCGAGGACGCUGUCGAAAACGGCCAUGGCGGCGGGGCCACCAACGGUAAGAGCGCGUACAUCCUGAUGUACGAAAAGGCAGGUGUGUAA